AUGCGUCGCCUAACCGAGUUCCAUGUCAUCCUCGCCCCAGCUCAUUUAUUCGCAUACGCCACAUUACUCGGUACACAACUUUACCAGAGCUUUGUGAUGGUGAAAGUGGCAUACCAAGCAUUACCGGCCCAUUCGUUUACAGACUUGCAAAAAAGAGUGUUUCCGAUAUACUUCCGUGGUCAAACAGCUCUUCUCAUUCUUACUGCGAUCACAUUCCCCCAUGGCCCGCUCGCUCUAGCUAAGAGGAAGGGGGACUGGAUACCCUUUUUCGUUGCCGGAGCUACGGCGCUCUUAAACUUAGCAGUAUAUGGGCCGCGCACGAGCAGGUUGAUGAUGAGGAGACGACGUCUAGCGAACCAAAUCGAUGGUAGCAGAAAGCUGCCAGGAGUCAAUCGAGAUUUCUCGUGGAAUCACGCGAUGAGUAUUCAUCUGAACAUCAUUACAAUUGGAGCGACGUUGUGCUACGGGUGGAGACUGGCCUCGAAGCUCAAUUUUGAGCAUUGGUAA